CAAUAAAGAAAAUUUUGAAGGAAAUGAAGUUUGUAGAGAUUGUGGAAUAGUACUAAAUGACUCAUUUGUGCGAGAAGAAGAAUUCGUCCCUGAUAUAACUGGCAAACGUGUAACCAUCGACGGAGGCACUCAAGAUCCAGGUUCUAAAAAGAAAAAUCCACAUGUUGAACCCAUACUCGACCAAACGCUUUCAUCACUUGACCUUUUAGAGUUCAGGACACGUGUUAUUGCAUAUUAUAAUGCUGUUGACAAAAAUUUCAUAAUUGGGGAAGGAAAACUAUUACAUUAUGUGAUUGCUGCUUGCGCUUUGUUGGUGCUUAGAGAGGAAAAGAUUCCGAGAACUCUGAGAGAAAUCGCGUAUACUUUGGAGUUGGAUCUGAAUCGCCUUUGUGAUGUUGUGUUUAUGAUUCGAUCUAAAUUUGCUCCAAAUGUUACAAAUUUUGUUAGUGUUGAGGAUUUGAUUAUCAGGUCAAUUGGUGUAAUGUUUGAGGAUGAACGACAUAAGUUCAAUUUCCCGUUAUACACUAAUAUCAAACAACUUUGUCACUUGAAAGAUGAUAUACAAGCUUUUGAAAAGUGUAGAGAAAUAGAUUUGCCAAACAACAUAACAUCCGGAGAAUAUCUAGAAAAAAUGACGAAAAUAUAUCGAGUAGUUUUUACUGGGAUAUGCAUGGAGCUUCUCAAAUAUGCCAAUGAUGCUUUUAUUUUAAGUGGAAGGCAACCUACCUUCCUCGGUGCCGCGAUCUCUUUGCUCGCUGUUGAAGCAACGGAAAAACCUAGUGUUCACGAAAUUAAAAAACAUCGAAAGCGCGUAGUAGAUCUUAUUAGUAAAAUAUUUAUGGUGGAUUGUCAAUUUGUAUUGUUUGAAAGAUAUCGAGAGCUCCUUGAUGUAAUAUAUCACAAGGUUAUCAAUAUUAUACCUUGGUGCACUCAUGCCAAGGAGAAUAAAUCUAGAAGCUAUUUAUAUGUUACCGAUCUCGUGCAAUUUCAAGAAUGGAUAUUGGGAAGUCGUUUAAAGGGAAAGGGAAAAACAAAAGAUGAAAGAAAUGUAAACAUUGAUGAAGUGAUGAAUAAUAAUAACAAUGAAUUGGAUGAAAAUAAUAAUGAGGCGAAUUUAAUUUUCACAGAUACUUCGAGCUUCACUAAUAAUAAUAGUUAUGGACAAUAUAAUGAUGGUAACAUGGAAAUUGACGAAGGUGAAUUAGAUGAAUAUGUUGAAAUGUUCAAAAAAGUCUGGGAAACAUUACAAUCGAAUGUCACAGAAAAAUCUGAAAAUAAUAUCCAACAUAAAAAGGUUACGAGACUUCAAAGACUUCAUGAAAAGGGUAGCGUGGAAGAUAAACUUUCUAUCUGUAGUGAGCAACUUUCUUCUGAUAAUGAAUCAUCAACUAUACAAAAAGUAAAAGUAAAUAAUAAUAAUAAGCGUAUCAGGAUAGAAGAACCUAAAUCUAACGUGAAAAAAUUAAAUCUUGACUUUUCUUUGAUUGAUAACAUCAACUUUGAUGAUUUUGAUCAUAUUUAA